AUGGUUGAUUGGGAUGCGACGGCAACGGCAACAGCAGCUAAUGGAGGUGAAUUAUCAUCGGAUAGCCAGGCGAAUGUCGCUGUUAUGGAUGAAUUACGUGAAGCUCUUGCGAUGGUAACUGAAAAGACGAAUGAGUGUGAGAAGCUGCGUCGGCUGAAGGCUGAACUUGAGAAGGAACUUGAGCUGCGCCAAACAUGUAUUGAUGAACUGAUGGUACAGAUGAACGUUAUGCAAUCGCAGCAGAGUAUCCAUGCCGAAAAUUACACGCAGCUUCAUGACUGGGCCAGCCGACUUGAGCGCGAGAAAUUGGAUUUGCAGUCGAAUCUUAGUGACACGCAAGAAAAAUUAAAAGAAGCGCUUAUGCAACUCGAGACUGUCCAAAUCAGUAAAGAGGAGGUAAGCAGUGUUUUAUAGAG